CUCACUUUGCUUCCUCCACCCACACAACAACACUACACACUUCUCCUCCUUUCUCUCUCCUCCUUCCUUGAGCCCUGUGUUUCUUCCCUCUCUAAAAGCUCCAAUCUUUCGCCGGAAAAUCAACUUUCCGGCGAAUUCCCGAUACUUUUUCUCCAUAUUUACACCCCCAGCUCAAAUGGGUUAAUCCCCAUCUUCUAAAAAAAUCUCAUCUUUUUCACUUCAAAAACCCCCACAAAAACCCUAACAAAAACAGAGGAAACCCAUUUUGUUCUUCAUUUUACACUAAAAAUACAGAAUUUCACCAUCUAGGUAGUCCAAAUCUCAUCAAAAGCCCAGAAAAAAACAGAGGAAAGAUGAUUAAACUGAUAGAUUUAUACCAUGUUUUAACUGCAGUAGUUCCACUCUAUGUGGCUAUGAUCUUAGCAUAUGGUUCAGUAAAAUGGUGGAAAAUAUUUUCACCAGAUCAAUGUUCAGGAAUCAACAGAUUCGUCGCACUUUUCGCUGUCCCACUUUUGUCAUUCCAUUUCAUUUCAACAAACAACCCUUACGCAAUGAACUACCGUUUCAUAGCAGCAGACACCCUGCAAAAACUCAUCGUUUUAGUCAUCCUUUUCCUCUGGUCUAAGCUGAGUUCAAGAGGGUCUUUAGAAUGGUCAAUUACCCUGUUUUCUCUCUCCACUUUACCAAACACUCUGGUAAUGGGGAUUCCCCUGUUAAAGGGAAUGUACGGGGAUGAAUCGGGAACUCUUAUGGUGCAAAUUGUGGUGUUACAGUGUAUAAUUUGGUACACUUUAAUGUUGUUUUUGUUUGAGUAUAGGGGUGCAAGACUCCUGAUUUCAGAGCAGUUUCCUGAUACAGCUGGUUCCAUCAUUUCGUUUAAGGUUGAUUCUGAUAUUAUCUCGCUUGAUGGUAAGGAGCCCCUCGAAACCGAGGCCGCCAUUGGUGAAGAUGGUAAGCUUCAUGUGAAAGUAAGAAAAUCAGCGAGUUCUCGGUCGGAAAUCUUCUCCAGGAACUCUCAUGGGGUGUCGUUGACUCCUCGGCCGUCAAAUUUGACAAAUGCGGAGAUUUAUUCAUUACAAUCUUCCAGGAAUCAGACCCCAAGAGGCUCUAGUUUUAAUCACACUGAUUUUUACUCGUUUGUGAAUGGAAAGGGUUUGAGUACUGUUAGUCCCAGAACUUCUAAUUAUGGAAAUGUGGGGUUUGAUGAGGAAAGUGGUGGUGGUGGUGUUGCACCGGCAUUUGGAGGAAGAGGUGGUCAAGGUGGUAGUGGGUAUCCUGCACCACCUACUGCUGGGAUAUUUUCUCCUGCGGCCGGGCCAACAGCGGUAGUGAAUGGUGGUAGUGGUGGUGGUGCAAAGAAGAAGGGUGAAGGUGGUGGUGGGAAAGAUCUUCAUAUGUUUGUAUGGAGUUCAAGUGCUUCACCAGUUUCAGAAGGAGGAUUACAUGUUUUCAGAGGUGGUGCUGCUGCUGGUUAUAAUACUCAUGAUCAUGGAGCGCUUCCUAAUACUAAAGAUUAUGAUGAUUAUGGAAGGGAUGAGUUUAGUUUCGGGAACAAAAAUGGUGGGAAUGGGGCAGAAGUUGAUGGUCCAACAUUAUCAAAGCUAGGUUCGAGUUCAACCACCGAACUUCGACCCAAAGCUGCUGCUCAGAGUGAAGCAAAGGCAACAAACAUGCCCCCUGCUAGCGUCAUGACAAGGCUGAUACUGAUCAUGGUUUGGAGGAAACUCAUCAGGAACCCUAACACAUACUCUAGUCUUAUUGGUCUUUGUUGGUCCUUGAUCUGUUUCAGGUGGAAUGUUGAAAUGCCUGCAAUCGUGGCUAGUUCGAUCAAAAUUCUCUCAGAUGCCGGGUUAGGAAUGGCCAUGUUCAGUCUUGGGUUGUUCAUGGCAUUGCAGCCGAGGAUAAUAGCUUGUGGGAAUUCAGUGGCUUCGUUUGCAGCGGCGGUUAGGUUUAUCACUGGUCCGGCCGUCAUGGCAGCUUCCUCCAUCGCGGUUGGGUUAAGAGGGACCCUUUUACAUGUUGCCAUAGUACAGGCUGCUCUACCCCAAGGAAUCGUACCUUUCGUCUUUGCCAAAGAGUACAAUGUUCAUCCCGAUAUCCUCAGCACAGCGGUAAUAUUUGGAAUGCUGAUAGCUCUACCAAUAACACUGGUAUAUUACAUCAUACUGGGCCUUUUUAGAUGAAAAUGAAAGGGGAAGUAGCAGAUUAGCAGUAGCAGUAGCAGCAGCAGCAGAAAAAGCAACAGAAGCAGGAAAGGCCAGCUACAAUAUAUGAUUAAAACAAAAGCUGGUGGAAAUUACAGGAGGAUGCUUAACCAGUGCCACUUUACAGUAGUAGAUUCUUACCUUUUGCCAGGUCUUUUUUUUUUUUUUAAAUUAAAUUUUUAGGAGAAGCCUAUUUUGUAAUUUCAAGCUGAGGUAAUUUUGGUGGAAAAAAAGAAGACAAUCUGACUUAAUUAGGGGAAUAUUAAUUUUGGUGGUAUUUUAAUGAAGAUUACAACUUAAUUAA